AUGAUGAGGAUGCUGUUAAAAAUUACAAUUAGGCGGGCUUCGUUCUCUUUACUUGGAGAAAUAGCGGAUGAGAGGGAACUGUUCCAAACCGAUAGAUGCUGCGAGGUAGUGGAAAAGGAUCUGAGGUGCUGUGUAAGUGUUGCUGCCACACAAGCUGAAGGGGAAGACAUAUACUUCUGUAGAUACAGGUUGGAAAUGAAUUACGCAUUCAAGCUGCCAGUCGAUUUUGUGUCCGGGUUGAAAUGCUCCGGUGGAAGGGCGUGGUGGAAAAUUGGCAAUGCAAAAGUUGUGGCUAGCGGAAUUAAUGGUCAACCCACAGUGGAGUAUUUAGGCAUGAUGAUCUCAAGACACACUUGUGUUGCCGUUGAAUGUGAAAAACAAGAGCUGCUCUCAAUUAUGAGGGUUGAAGGCAUCAUUCUACCGGAGGGUGUGAAGGCAGGUAGUUCAAGAUCUGCUUGUAAAAUCAGGCUGAGGGCUGCAGCAUUUGAAAGGGAUGGAAAUGCCAAGGCUGAAAAUACGUUAAUUCUCACAAAUUGUUCCCGCAUCGUUCCACUGAGUCGUGUUCAGCGCGUUGUGCAGGUCUUCUUUGCUGCAAGCAGGAAGGAAAUGAUGUUUACUCCAACAACGAGCUUCACAGGCGUUCCAUCCUUCUCGUGUUGUGCGGUGAAAGAAGCUGAAUCUGGUCGCGUGCAAGAAAUUGGUCACCCUGCAAAAUAUCAAAUCAUGGCUGCUAUUUCAAGUGGCCCUCGCAGACCUCUGCGCUGCCUUGAUCUGUUCGCUGGCUGCGGAGGAAUGAGUGUCGGGCUUGAAAUGAGUUCGCUGACCAGAACCUUGUGGGCAGUGGAUUCAAAUGAAAUAGCCUGCAGCACAUUCAAGCGAAAUUUUCCACAGGCUAGCGUAUAUUGCGAUUAUGUCGAGCAUUGGCUGCAGCAAGUGAAAAGAUUGGGACAAGGUUUACCACAGCAGGGUGAGGUGGAGGUCAUUAUCGGCGGUCCUCCAUGUCAAGGAUUUUCUCAGUGCAACAGGCAGAAGAAAAGCAAGAGAGCAUCAAUGAAUAUCAGCCAGACUGGAAUAUUCAUGGAAGUAGUGAAAUUUCUCAAGCCCCGUUUCUUCAUCAUGGAAAAUGUGAAGGAAAUUGUUACACAUGACAAGGGGAAGCAUCUCAGGGAAGCUCUAAAAACCGCUCUGGACCACGGUUACCAGGCGAGGAUGAUGGUGCUUCUAGCUGAUGAUUUUGGAGUACCUCAACUUAGGCAGAGAUUUUUCCUUGUUGGGGCUCUUGGCAAUGAAGAACUCCCUGACAUCCCGCGGAGAACACACCUGUCUGGAAGGAAGUGCCACAAGCUGCAGUGCGGCAGUUGCCCAUUGGAUUUCUCUACUGAAGAGCCUGCAAUUUUUGGACCUGUUACUGUCCGGGAUGCAAUUAGUGACCUGAAGGACUUGGAGACCACACUCGGGGCGAAACCAUACCCGCUUGUGCAGUCUGCCUAUCAGGCAAAGAUGCGCCGAGGCAGUGAUAGAGUUAAACUUCAUAGGAUGGUAAAACCACUAUCUCGAGUAGACCAGGUCAGAAUAAGCAAGAUCAAGCCUGGAGAGGACUGGUCUGUUUUGCUGACUGAGCCUGCAGAUCAAUGCGGGCUGCAAGGAACAAAUCUGGCUCCAAGCAUGCUUUCCAGAACAGGGCCACGCAAUGGCUGGUGGAAGGGCGCCUAUGGACGGCUCGAGUGGAACAAGAAAUUUAAAACUAUAAUUGCCUCGCAAAAUUUGGCAUCAAAGAGUGGAACCCUAAUUCACCCACAAGUUGACCGGACCAUUACGCUGAGGGAAAUCGCUCGCGCCCAGUCAUUUCCAGACAACUUUGUCUUCAGAGGCACCCCAAGGGCAAUUCAGAGGCUGAUUGGAAAUGCUGUGCCACCCCUACUGGCAGAGUGCAUUGGUUUCUCGUUUCAGCAAUGA